AUGAAGGCCGCUUUCGCAUUCUCUGCCCUUCUGGCCACUUUUGCCGUGGCUUUGCCCACCCCUACUAGUAUCGUGCCCUCGGGUGCUGCUAGCAGCGCUGUUGCCACAAUCAACAAGAGCGUUCACAGCGUCCUGACCGUCACCAACCAGCAGACCGGCAAGAACAUGCUCGUUGAGCUUGAACAGGGCUUCGCCAACAAGCUGACCGGCCUUGACCUCGGCAGCGCUUCCAACCCCGUUGGCACCAUCGUGAAGACCGCUUCGUCUCUCACCGACCUGGGUAACACCGGUUCCGGCCUCACCUUCGUCACUCAGACUGGCGAGUACGUUCUUGUUGAACUUGACAACACCAUUGAGAGCCUUUUGAGCUCCCUUGGUCUGUCUGUUGUUGGUGACGUCGUCGGCAGCGUCAUCGGUGUCCUCGAGGGUGUCGUCGCCAACCUCAAGCGCUCCGAGCUCAACAACGUUCUGUCCAUCACCGGCCUGAACAACCAGCCCAUCCUCGUCAAGGCUGAGUCUACCCUCGCCAGCGCUCUCGGUGGCCUUGACCUCUCCGCUGUCAAGGGUACCGUCGGUACCGUUGUUGCUUCCGUCCCCGCUGUUUCCGACCUUGCCUCCAAGGCCUCCGAGCUUGGCCUCCCCACCAACGAGCUUUUCGGUGUCCUCAGCAGUGACGGCUCCUCCGCUUUGCUUGUCCGUGUUGAGUCCGUUGCCGGUGGUCUCACCUCCACUGUGACUGGCCUUCUCUCCACCCUCGGCCUUGGUGAUCUGACCAGCACUGUCGGCACCGUCGUCAGCACUGCCCAGGGUGCUACCUCCCUGUAA